UGAUCCUUGCCAGUCCUCGUCACGGUAUCAAUCGAACAGCUUGGGUCACGGGACGGUGGUAUUCCCUGUCCCUGUCGGACGAGAUAACUCGAUGCACGUCCGUUGAAAUUCGCGUCUGACCAUCUUGGACCAUCUUGGACGAGCAGACGCUGUCAGUCGAGACGCGACUCCGUGGAAAGAUUCUGUGAUAGACAGUGAUAGACCAGCCAGGACACUGGGGAUGUGUCGGUUGCGCGAGAGUUUCGGGAUCUUAGAAGGUGUGCGAAGCCGAUCCGUCUAGAUCAACGAAUGGUGAGAUUGACGAGGUCACCUGACCCGGAACCGGAUGAUCGAGAGUUUUAACUCUUCUGACUAGAUCGAACUGGUGAUAUCGAACUCUCUAGACCCUGAAAGGAACGAUUGAACUACCUGUGGUGCCGAAAAUCGUCUAUUUCGAGGACCACGUGAUUGGAGGUUGAGUUGUCGAGGAGGUGCUGUGCUUCGUUGUUUGCCACCGGUUGGAGGUGACUCGGCGAUCAUCGAGUAUGAGAACAGUGAUAGUUCCCUGUCAAUGGAACGGCGCGAAGCGAUUGCUACGUCAACAGAGACCGAUUAAAUAGAGAUUCCGUGGGCGAGCGAUCGAUUGGAAGAGGAUCAGAGACAGAGAGCCGAGAUGUCGUCGAAAACACUUCACAAUGAGCACAUCAAACGGCCGAUGAACGCGUUCAUGGUGUGGUCCCGCGGACAGCGACGGAAAAUGGCCCAGGAAAACCCGAAGAUGCACAACUCGGAGAUCUCGAAGAGGCUUGGCGCCGAGUGGAAGCUGCUCAGCGAGAGCGAGAAGCGACCUUUCAUCGACGAAGCCAAACGACUUAGAGCCCUCCACAUGAAGGAGCACCCGGACUACAAGUACCGGCCCCGCAGGAAGCCGAAAUCCCUCGUGAAGAAGGAGAACAAAUUCGGCUUCUCGAUAUCGCCCCUGAUGUCCUCAGGUGAAACCUUAGGCAACAUAUCGAGAGGCCUGUUGCCACCUCUGGCGCCCCCGUCGCAUCACGCGCUGAUGAGCCACGAGGAUCUCAAGAUCCCCCGUUUUUUCCCGCCCUUUCCGUAUCCACUUUACCCCAUCCAGCACAAGCUGGGCGAGGAGUUCAACGGCGGCAAAUUAGCGGCGGAUUUGGCCUUUCAGGCCCUCUACGGGGGCAGUACUUUCUACUCGAGCCAUCAGACCAUGUCCUGGCCGAGUUUAUCGACUGCAGCCUGCCUCCAGCCGAACUGCGGCUGUCCCAGUCCGCCCAAGGACCCGAAGAGGUCUUACCUAGCCACCAAAUUGGAGGAGAGACCGUUCCCGAGUCCUGGAAAACCGGAGGACGACGGUUUCCCAUCGGACAGAGACUCCAGCAGGGAGGAGUCUCGGUACAGAAAGAUGGAGGACGACGGGUUCUCGUCCUCCGUGGACAGACACCACGAGGACAGGUCUCAGGACCGAUUUUCUUCGUCCUCGUCCUCCUCUCCCACCGAACAGACGGAAAAAGUAGCCAGCAGCGGUCCCACGACGACGUCCACGACGUCCACGAAGGUGGAGAGCGCCUUUUCCGUUCAGAAUCUGACCUCAUCCAGCUCGACCUUGGGCGCUCACCGCGGGCACGUCAUAUGAAGACCGCUUCCGGUUCUCCCGGAUCUAAACUUCCGUGGGAACCUGGUACCAGCCGGAUGGCCGACCACGGACUGGUGGAGAGUCCCACCGAUGCUGUCGCCAAUCCCCCAGGCUACCGUCACGAACCUCAACGCUCUGGCGAAGGACGACGACGUCCAGUUCCAGGACGAUCAGCAGAGGA